UUCUCUGAUGAUAAAAAAGUCUGAUUUAAAUAGCACCUACAGCGAGUGGCUGCGACAAUUUUAGUCUAUCUAGUUCGAUAGAGCAAGUCGUGCAAUUUGUACAUCGGAGCACCUCGCGUUGAAAACUAAUUGAUAAACGAUAAUGUGGAGCUUCUACACGUGGACUUUGUUCUUAUUUACGGGGCUGAUAACCGCGGUCUUCUUCUACGUCAAAAGCCAGUUUUCAUUCUGGUCAAGGCGAGGCGUUCACUGCCGGAAACCGCACUGGUUCUUCGGCAGCCUGGGAGACUUCCAAGCCGGUAAGUUGGCCCUUCCCGAGUUGCUUCUGGACUUGUACAAGGAGUCGAAGGGCCAGAGAUUCGCCGGAAUCUGGGAGUUCUAUUCUCCCGAAUUGGUCGUCCUGUCGCCUGACUUGAUCCAGGACAUACUGGUGAGGGAUUUCGCGACAUGGUCGAGUCGCGGCGUGACCGUGAACCUGGACGUCGACCCGUUGGCGGCGAACUUGGUCAACCUCGAUGGAAAGAAGUGGAAGGUGGUUCGAAGCAAGCUGACGCCAACGUUCACCUCGGGAAAGCUCAAGCUGAUGCAAAAUCUGCUACUCGAGUGCAGCAGGGAGUUCAUGGAUCACUUGAAUCGCGUCACAACGACGGACCAGAUGGUCGAGGUCAGAGAAUUGAGCGCCAAGUACUCGACGGACGUUAUAGGUUCCUGCAUAUUCGGAAUACAGAUGAACUCGCUGAGGGACGAGAACUCGAUAUUCCGCGAGAUAGGGAAAAAGAUAUUCCCCUCGUCCCGAAUCAAGACCAUCUGCAAAACCGUGCAGCUCCACUUUCCCUGGCUCUUCAGGCUACUUAAACUUUCGACGAGGACUCGCGAGGUCACGGAGUUCUUCAUAUCCCUGACAAAGGCCAACUUCAAGUACCGUGAGGAGAAAAACGAACGGCGAAACGAUUUCAUGGACCUUCUGAGGGACCUCAAAAACACCGAGGAACCGAUCGACGAAGACGAUAUCGAGUUCAACGACGAGCUUCUCGCAGCUCAGGCCUUCAUCUUCUUCGGUGCCGGCUUCGAGACCAGUUCUUCGACUCUAAGUUUUUGUCUUCACGAAUUGGCCGCGAAUAAAAAUCUCCAGGAUCGUCUGCGCGACGAGGUGCGACGUACCAAGGCGAAAAUGGACGGAGAUAUCACCUGGGAUGGAUUGAGGGACAUGAAGUAUCUGGACAUGGUAUUUCAGGAGACCCUGAGGAAGUAUCCACCGCUUCCGAUCCUCGUCAGGACCUCCGUUAAACCCUACCGCAUACCCGACACCGACGUCGUACUGCCCGAGGGAACGGGAUGCGUCGUGCCCAUCUACGCUCUCCAUCACGACCCAGAGUACUAUCCCGAUCCGCAGAAAUUCGACCCUGAAAGAUUCGCCGAGAAGCGGAAGAGCCAGCGAUCGCCUUUCACCUAUUUGCCCUUUGGAGGGGGUCCCAGAAUAUGCAUUGGUCUUCGGUUCGCCGAGCAGCAGGUGAAGCUGUCAAUUUUUCAACUGAUAGACAAUUUCGAGAUUUCUUUGUGCGAGAAAUCAAAACACCCGUUACAACUUAAUCAUAAGGCUGGAUUUCUUCAGCCUAUCGGCGGUAUUUGGCUUCGCCUGUCCCGCAGUACCGUUUCUAAUUCGAGUGUCAGGUCUGACAAAUGAAAGUUGAUCACGUCAAGUCUAUUUUCGAAGGAAUAAUAAAUUUCUGGUUAAUAAAUUUUA